AUGCUGAGCGAAGCAGUCACGAUAAAUCCUUCAGAAAAAGCGGAAGAUCGCCCGUCAUCUAAUAGUUCCAAAAAAUCUGCGUUUAGUAUUGGAAGUAAACCCCAUAAGAGUAGAAUUCCAACAACUCAGGUUGCGCGAAAUGCUAUGCAAGGCGAUUCGCCAAUGCAGGAAGAGUCUUCUGUUAACUCCAAUAAUAAUUCCGCUCGUCGACCAAGCAUGACUCCGAAUAUAUCGUCGUGUAAUAAAAAACCAACAAAUGUAAUUACCGCAGAUAAACGACAGCUGGAGAUUCAAUAUAGUUCAAAAAAGUCACGAUAUGUGAAUUUAAAAAAAACCUUCGCCGAUAAACAGAAAAUCGCGCAGGAUUUGUACGACGAAAUAUCGAGUCUACGGGAGAAGAUAAUCACGGCCGGCGGCAAGGAUCCCGGCAAGAUCGAAGAACUAAAAUUAUCUCAAGUUGAAUUUCUUAAGCAAAGCCUGCCGACGUCAAUCGAGACAAACUUGCCUGAUAACGAACAAUGGGAGCAGAUCUGCAUGGAUGAGUCGAUGAUGAUCGGCGUGUCGCUGCUGCAAAAUCAACUGCAGGAUCUCUGCGACCGCUCUCAAGAGUUCUGUCAACGUGCCCUGGACAAGAGCUUGUCAGUCGCGUCUCUCGUAAAGUCCUGGCUGACAGAAUCGCGCCAGGAGAACGAGAUGGGCAAAGUGUCGAUUGUAGUGGAUUAUUCGGAAGUAGAGAUGCAGCAAACGAACCUCGCACAGAGCAACGAGGAGCUAAAGAUGCAACUGGACCAGCUGAAGACGGCCCAAAACAAUUUUAUCGCCGAAUAUGAGAUGAAAUCCUCGAAUUUGCGCAUUGAAUAUGACAAUUAUCUCGAGCGCAUGAAGAAGGAGCAACCAAAUAUCGAUCGCAAGGAUUUGCGGGACCAGCUGAGCACUGCUUUGCUGGAGUUAAAGGCGGAACGUGACAAGGCGAGUCAAGGCAAGGAAAGGAUGCGAUCGAUAGAAUUGCAGAUGAAUAAAGCACGAACGAAGAUUCGUGAGUUAGAGGGGCACGUGGCUAACGAGGAGCAAAAAUCGCAGCAAUUGCAGAACAGCAUGAAAUCUUUGGAGGUUCAGUUAAAGCAAAAGGAUCAGACAAUGGAAUUGAGACUGAAAGAUAUGAACAAAGCACUGAAGAGUAGCGACGAUCUCAUAGCGAAGAUGGAGAAGCAGCGCGAUACUUUCGAAUCACGAAUGCUAGAGCUCAAACAAAAGAUGGCUUACAAGGAAGAUGAAGCAAAUACUACCAUUAAGGAAUUAUCAGAAAAGUUCGAAAUGAUCGAUAAGGAAAUCAACGAAGAAAGAGAAAAAAGACAACAAGCUGAAAGUGCUUUAACAGAAAUCGAAGAACGUUGCAAACAUCUCGAAGAGAAAAGUCGGCUGCUCUGCGAACUCGCAAGUGAAAAGAGCAAUAAAAUAGCUGUAGCAGAUAACAAUCACACGGAAAAUGAAAUUUGUCUGUAUAACGAUUUGACUGCGGCUCGAGCUGAACUGGAACAUAUGAGGGAAAAGAUCGAGCAACUCGAAAAGGAAAAGCAAGAGAUUGUCACUGUAAUGCAUCAGGCGGCCAGCGAUAGCGAAGAUGAGACGAAGGAUAAACUGGCCGCCGAACUCAUAGCCAAGACCAAUGAUCUCCAGAAUCUGUUGUUAGAGCACGCGCAGAUUCAAAAAAUCGCCAGAUUCACGCAAGAAAGGAACGAAGUGCUGGAGAAUCAGUUAUCCGAAAUUCAACGUCAUCUUUAUGCAAAAUCGAAAGAGGGUGGCAAAACGGAAUUCGACACGAUCGAGCUUCAGCAGCAGGUCUGCGAUUUGCGAAAUAGUCUAGCCGAGGCUAUGCAACAGAACCAGGAACUGGAAACCACCCUGACUCAGAAACAGCUGGAGCUGGAGCAACGCGAUCGGGUGAUGCGAGAGCAAAGCAAAUUCCUGAAAGCCAGAGACGAGCUGUUGAGCCUCCUUACGGGAAAGCAGGCGAAUGUGGAUAAUCUUGCGAAUGAAAAUUAUGAAGAUAUUGAUGAAAUCAAUAAGCAGAUUGCGGCGAAGACCGAAGCGAUCCAAGAAUUGUACACUACGCUGGAGAACAAACAGAUGCAAGUGAUGCGAUUGGAAAAGCUGGUCAAGCUGCUGGAGGAUCAGCAGGAUCGGGCGCAGGCACAACGCACGCGGUUGGAGCAUCGCAUCGCUCAGCUAGAAAUAAACUUACGAGAGAAGAACAAUAACAACCGGACUAAAGCCUUCGGCAUCCUAUAA